UAGACAGACAUGGCUUCCUCCAGCAGUCUCCUGUCUGAAGAUGAGUUCCGGUGUUCUGUCUGUCUGGAUGUGUUCACUGACCCUGUCUCUACUCCAUGUGGUCACAACUUCUGCAUGACCUGUCUCAAUAAACACUGGGACAGCACUCCACACUGCCCGUGUCCACUCUGUAAGGAGCAGUUUAAUAUAAGACCUGAGCUUCGCGUUAACACUUUCAUAUCUGGACUGGCGGCUGAGUUCAGGAAAACAGUUCAGCUGAAAGUUAGUGGCCCUAAAGAAGAACUUGCUGUCAAAACUGUGUCCUGUCAUGUCUGCACUGGUGAGAAACUGAAGGCUGUGAAGUCCUGUCUGGACUGUGGGUUGAGUUAUUGUCAGACUCACCUGGAGCCUCAUAAAAUUGAAGCAAAACUGAAAAAACACAAACUGAUGGAUCCUGUGGAGAACCUGGAGGACUAUAUAUGUCAGAAACAUGAGAGACCCCUGGAGCUGUUCUGUAGAGAUGACCAGACAUGUGUGUGUCAGUUCUGUACUGAAACAGACCAUAAGACUCACAACACUGUUCCUCUAGAGGAGGAGACUGAGAAGAGGAAGUCUCAGCUGGGGAAAACACAUACAGAAGUACAGCAGAUGAUCCAGGACAAACUGAAGAAGAUUAAAGAGAUCAGACAUUCAGUACAGCUCAGCAAAACAAACACAGAGCAAAAGAUGGCAGACAGUGUGGAGGUGUUCAGUUCUCUGAUUGGCUGUAUUGAGAGAAGUCGGGCUGAGCUGAUUGAGCUGAUGAAGGAGAAACAGAAAGCAGCAGAGAGGCAGGCUGAAGGUUUCAUUAAAGAGCUGGAGCAGGAGAUCACUGAGCUGAAGAGGAGAGACACUGAACUGGAGCAGCUCUCCCACUCUGAAGAUCACCUCCACCUCCUACAGGUUUACCCAACACUGUGCAGCCCUCCACACACCACACACUCCACUGACAUCAGUAUUGACCCUCAUCUGUGUGUGGACACUCUGAGGAAAACUCUAGAACAGCUGGAGAAAAAUUUCUGUGAGGAAGUCGGAAGAGAGUGUGAGAAAGAAAUCUCUACAUUGUCUACAGUGGAUGUGACUCUGGAUCCUGAUACAGCCCAUCCCUGUCUCGUCCUGUCUGAUGAUGGAAAACAAGUGACAUGUGGAGAUGAGGAACAGAAUCUCCCUGACAACCCAGAGAGGUUUGAUAGAUGUGGGAAUGUCCUGGGAAAGGAGGGGUUCUCCUCAGGGAGAUUUUACUAUGAGGUGGAGGUCAGGGGGAAGACUAAGUGGACUUUAGGAGUGGCCAGAGAGUCCAUUAACAGGAAGGGACAGAUUAAAGGGGGCCCUGAUGCUGGAUACUGGUCUAUACGUCUGAGAAAUGGGGAUGAGUAUAAGGCUCUAGACUCUCCCUCUGUCCUCCUCUCUCUGAGACAGAAGCCCCAGAAGGUGGGGGUGUUUGUGGAUUAUGAGGAGGGUCUGGUCUCCUUUUAUGAUGUGGAGGCCAGUUCUCAUAUCUACUCUUUCACUGGUCAGUCUUUCACUGAGAAACUCUAUCCAGUUUUCUGCCCUUGUAUGAAUGAUGGAGGUGAAAACUCUGCUCCACUGGUCAUCACUCCUGUCAGAUGA